GGACAUCCCUGUCUUUCUCAAUACCCCCUGUGACCCACCCCCCUCUCUCAACCUGAUGGCACUGAGUUGAAGUUGGAAGUUCUGGGCGCCAGUACCCCCUUUACUAAACCUCUUGGCUGGGCCAUCAGAUGUGAGGCAUUUCUCUUCAGCUCACUGAGCCUCAGUGUGCUGUGAAAUGGGUUUGCAGAAAAAGAGUACUGGGCAGGUGUGAGUGUUACUGGUGGCACCUCUAUAGGCACCUACCUCUGAUCUCUUUCUCCCCUGGUCUCUGACUCUGCCUGUCUCUGUCUCUUGGUCUUUCUCUCCAGCUCUGCCUCUGGUAUGAGGAGGAUCCUCUGGGGUCUGUGGGCAGCUGUACAGAGAUGGGCGAGUUUCUCGCCCCCAACCCCAUACAACCCUAUCCCACGUCUCUCCUAGCCGGCAAGCUGAUUUGGCUCUUUCUCCCCAGCAUCCUUACCCCUGAGAACCCAGCCCCCAGUGCCCCUGCCCCUUGCCCUGACCUCCCCCAGUAUCCAGCAUCCCUUGGACAGAUUCUGACGCUGUCACCACUGCCACCUCUGCUGUCCCCAACGACCACCUCCUCAGGGCCAGCAAGAUGCAAUUUGAGAUGCACGACAACGUGAAAGGCAAAGCCAUGUCCUACCCAGUGACCAGCCAGCCCCAGGGUGCCAGCAGCUGCUGCUACCCGGCCCAGCCCAGUGACUGGAACACCAGCCUCAUGGACUGCUGCAAUGACAUGCCCAUCUGUCUGUGCGGCACUUUCAUCCCUCUGUGCCUCGCCUGCCGCAUCUCCGACGACUUCGGCGAGUGCUGCGGCACUCCCUGCCUGCCCGGAAGCCUGAACUCCCUGCGCACCGGCAUGCGCGAGCGCUACCGCAUCGAGGGCUCUAUCGGGAAAGACUGGGCGGCCCUCACCUUUUGUUUGCCCUGCGCCCUCUGUCAGAUGGCGCGGGAACUGAAGAUCCGAGAGUAAAGACGUUCCCCUCACCUUUCUCCUUUUCCACCGUCACGCCUGCCCUCCUC